AUGGACCAGCUCGCCACGGACGCCCGGACGCUCUCCCAGAUCGGAUCGACACUCGACCGGCUGCCUGGAGAAUCGCGGACCAAUUUCAUAUCGAGCCUCGUUGACCGGAGGCGGCCCAAGCGCCGAGGCAACGCAGGCAAAUCGAAGUCGUUCGCUUCUCAGAGUUCGAAGAUCUCGGAAUUCCAAAUUCCUCGUGUUGGGUCGGGUCGUGCCCAUGGCGGUGGGAUUGACAGCUCAAAGUCUUCAUCCGCCCACAUACCCUACAUCCACUCUGUCAGUGUCAACAGCCUAGACAUCGACCACUGA